GUGAAGAUGUUCAUCUUACCAUGUUUGAUUUCACAGUGAUAGUCACUAACUUUCACAUGUUGUUUGUUGUUGUGGUAACCACUGUAAUUCCCACAGGAACCUCCUGUGCCUCGUUACACCGUAUGGUUGAAUUUGUCGUGCGUGAGGGACCCAUGUUUGAGGCCAUGAUCAUGAACAAGGAACUGAACAACCCAAUGUACAGGUGAUUGAAUAUUAUCUUCUGAAUUACAGCUCGCAUGUCUUGGAAAUUCAGCUCAAAUUAUUGCAGUUUCAUAAUUUGUCAUUGAGUAUAACAUCAUUCCUGUUCAUCCAUAGUACUCACUUUUAUUCCUUUUUUGUAUUUUUUUGCACUUCUUUUAUUGCUUUUCUGUUUUGAAAAACUGAUAUUCCUUAAUCAUCUUGAAAUUGAAGAUGGGUCCACACAAACUUGUUCUUUUGUAACCCUUCAAGAUCAUAUUGUUAAUUCUCCCCUCUGGCUGUCACAUAUUUCCUUAUAAAUUAGUUCUGAGAAUUUGGUGUUAGAUCAAGGUAACAACUUCUAGCUGAUAAUUUGGAGUAUUCCCAUUACCUGUUUGUGGAAUAAUGUAUGGAUAUUAUAAGGAGAGGUUACAUAUUAAUCACUUCAGGGAUUGAAAGGGUUAAAUUUGUUGUUUUCUGAAUCUCUGUUUGUAGGUUCUUGUUUGACAAUCAUUGUCCAGAACAUAUCUACUAUCGGUGGAAGCUGUUUUCCAUUCUCCAGGUUUGUUCUGGUUUGCUCUGUAUAAGCAAUGUUCUUGCUUGUUUAUUCUUUACGUGUUCAUUGGCUGCUUUUGGUAUUUCCUUUUCUUUGAUUGGCUCUCCCCAACCCUCUAAGUUUUUUUUUUUCUUUUUUUCCAACAUUCAUUCACAAUACUCCUUUUUGUCUCAAUUCACUUACAGGGUGAUUCCCCUACGAAAUGGCGGACAGAAAAAUUUAGAAUGUUUAAUAAUGGCUCUUUGUGGAAACCACCUCAGUGUCAUCAGUACACCAUGAGUGCAGCAGCUUUUAAUGCCAAUAAACAACCUGUGCCUCAAGUAGAAACACCCAUUGCACCAUCAACGUCACAGACAUCAACAACUGCACCAUCAUCAUCACACAGCUCAAGUAGCAGUCACAGCAGUAGUCAUACUGCAUCAGCAUCCACAACAUCAAGUAGUAGGAAGUGUUCUCUAUCCAAUAGGUAAGAUCUCUGCCCAUCUGACAGUAUAAGGCCUAGGAUCAUGGAAAACUUUAUUUUAACUCCUUAUACAAAAGAGAAGCAGUGCCAAGUGCUUUGUUUGUAGCUGUUGCUAUGUGUGGGAGAAUUAAAUAGUUUCCUCAAAACUGUGGAUCACAAUUCUUGUAAAGUUCUUUGAGUGUCUCGAUCCUUGAUAUCUGAUUCUUGAGUCUCAAUACACAAUUCUUGAUGGUUUUAAAUAUAGAGUUUUAAGUUGAGCCUGUCAACCUACUUUGAGUAGUACUGUACACCUCAUGGGGCACAUAUUUGAUUUUUAGCAUAUGGAUGUUGCAUUUAUCAGUGGCAUUUUGUCUUUUGAAGUAAUAUUUUUCAAUCUCUGACAACAAUCAUGAUUAAUCAAUUGUUUAUGUUUCACAAAACUGAGACAUGUAUACAGAUGCAAUGCCUGGCUCUUUUGAUGACACAGAAUAAGAUUUUCUGGCGCACGUGUACAACAAGGACAGAGUAGACAAUUAAGUUGUGUUAUACUUGUAAUUCUUUCUGGUAAUCUUGAAAUAAGGGAUACAUCAAUAGAGAAGUGACAGGGGAGGGGUAGGGCAAAAGCAAAAGAGUUUUGGUUUGAAAAAUGUGGUGAAUUUGUUUUGGUAUAAAGUAGAAAUCUGAAAAUUCACAUAUUUGCACUGCGGUGGAAAGAUGAAAUUAAGAGAUCCUCGCAGCUAAGAACACUACUGAAACGAGUAGUUGUAAAUAGGACCUGAAAAAAAUUCAGGCCCGUAUGGGAUAUGAACCCAUGACCUCUGCGAUACCGGUGCAGCGCUCUACCAAUUGAGCUAACAAGCCAACUGGGAGCUGGUCAAUGAAUUGCCAAAUUGCCAGGUCCUAUUUACAACUACUCGUUUCAGUAGUGUUCUUAGCUGCAAGGAUCUCUUAAGUAGAAAUCUAUUUUUGGGAAAAUUUUGUGGUUGCAGGCAGCGCGACAAGUUGGAAGACAUGCUGAGGGAUUUAACUCCAGAAAGGAUAAAAAUUUCCAGAUGUAUGGUGUUUUGUGUUGAUCAUGCAGACUGUGCAGAGGAGGUAAAUUAGAAAUUAUGCUAUGGUUUUCCUCUCAUGAUUGAUCCAAAUAGGCAUCAGCUGUUUAAAAGAGUGUGAAAUAUUAUUUUGUCUAUAUCCACAAUCUGUCUUUGUGUAUUAUUUAAAAGAGAAAAAAUGACAAAUUAGUAAGUUGUUGUUUCAAGUGAGUGUUUGGAAAGAAUGAUUCAGAACUAUCUAAAGUUUUUCCUUUUUUCUUGGCACAUCACCAAAUUCCUUUUGUUAAGGAAAAUACUAACUUUCCUAUUUUGUCAAAAGGCAAAAGUAACAAUAGCAACCCAUUGUAGUCUAAUUUUUACAAGAGAAUGACCAAAUACUUGUAAUUACUGUAAAUAAUAAAUUAUGCCCAGUAAAUUGAUGCUCUAAUUUGGUCCUAACUAUAUUUUACAUUUUUUUUUUCACAUAUGCAAAGUUUUAUUAAGUCUCUUUACUCUGUUCACUCAGGUUGUUGAAUGCAUUGCUGAGUCACUGUCAAUUUUGCAGACCCCUCUGCAAGUUAAGGUAAGUAGAAUGCCAACAUUUCCAUUAUGUAGGGUGAACUGGAUGUGUGUGUUCCACGAGAGAGGAGAAAAAUGGUUGUCCCAAGAAGAAAAGACACAAUUUUAAACUAUGAAGAUCUUAUUGUGGGCUCAAGUCCCACAUAGAAUUUACCAUCAGUUACUUUAGAAGGGAAUAACUUUACUUUAGAAAGGAGUAACAAGCCUACUUGUGUUUGACUUCAAAGUCUUCAUCCAUUCCAGUUUUCUUCAUCAUUUUUGUGCUGAAUCUGAGUGACAUUUGCCUCUGUAGGUCGCAAGGCUGUACCUGGUGUCAGACAUUCUGCACAACUGCUCUGUCAAAGUACCAAAUGUGUCCUAUUACAGAAAAGGGUAAGGAACCUUGUCCAUCUUCUCUGUAGGAACAUAAAUGUCCUUCUCCAGUGUAUUAAAAAGAAAGAUCAAAUUUUGCUCGCAAAUGUACAUUAGAAUGAGAUAUUUACAAUUUCCUUUUCAGAUUUCAGACUCUCCUCCCAGACAUAUUUGGUCACUUAAGUGUCUCUUUCAAAGCUAUAAAUGCUCGUAUGAAAGCAGAAAACUUCAAGGUGAGUUUACAUGAAUUAUGUUUUUACAACCCUUCAGUCUUUUCCUCUGAAACCCUAAAUCAGGCAAGUAAUGAAACGCCAUAGAGGACUAAGAAAGCUUGCCUUGUACAGUUAGACUGGCAUGUUGUUUGGUAUGAUCAUUGACCAGUGGACGACAUAGAAAAAAAUAAAAAUUUAUAUUAUUUUUAUUUUCAGAAACAAGUUCUACGCUGUCUUGCAGCGUGGAUGGACUGGGCUGUGUAUACUCCCGAUUUUUUGUUUGAUUUGGAGAACGUGUUUUUGGGUAACAACGAAAGACCGAGUCAACCAGAGGUAAACUUUGUACAAACCUUACACAAGUCUGCUGUCAUUCAUUCCUUAGGUUUUUACAUUUUUGGUAAUUAAAUUGUCUAAGAUUCCGAACGAGAGGUCUGGGUCCAAGCUCCGUGAGAAUCAACCAUUUACACCUUAACAGUACGCAUAUUCUCCAUAAUGUUCUCCGCAUAUUUGCUUUGGUACCAUCUGGGAGAAUUUGUGUAACAAUCAAGAGCUUAAUUGGAAAUCAUUUCCUUGUUCCCUUGACUUUAAUUGUUUGAUUCAGGGAUGCAAGUCACUUAGUGAUAAAGAGUCCACCUUUUGUCAUGUCUUGAUGUUUGUUCUACUCUAGGCUGUCGAGGAGGCUUUUACUGAAAGCAAGGCCGAUCUGGACGGAAAACCACUCGACAUCGAUGGUCUGCCCAUCAAGUCAAGUGACGUGGAUGGCGUCCCAAUUAGAUCAAGCGAUAUGGAUGGCUUCCCGAUUAAACAGACCGAUAUCGACGGAGUUCCUCUAUCCAGUGAUGAUAUUGACGGAAAGCCGAGUAAGUGGAUUAUUAACUGUUUCACUCCCAAGAUCUCGUUAGUAAUUCUCCUUACUGUCUGUUAUACAAUUCUUAUGAUGUUACUUCGGAGAAUUUGUUCAAAACACGUGACCUCUUUUUUUCCUUACCUCAGUGGACGGCAAAAAGAGUUCCGACAAGUCGCGAGAUAAAGGUCAGGAUUUCACGAGAUUUUUGUACUUUUUCCUGCGUUUCCAUGUUUCUUUAUUAUUAUUAUUAAAAAUAAUUAAUAUAAUGUUCACCUUAGCUUCAAAGCGAUUUUGACAAGUUGUUGUUAGUUUUCUAGGCUACCAGUGUUCAUAUUAGAUUAAAGACAGUUUAUAUUGUUUCGGCAAAAUUGUAUUUAGUGAUUUAAACGAGUAGUAGUGAGCUGGCUGUAAUAAUAAUGGUAAUGAUGAUGAUGAUGAUAAUAAAAAUAAUAAUAAUAAUGAUGAUGAUGAUGAUAACGAUGAUGACAAUGAUAAUAAUAAUAAUAAUAAUAAUAAUAAUAAUAAUUAAUGCAUUUUUUGCAUGGUUAAGUUGAUAGACUUGCUGAUUUAGACAAUCCUUACCAGAGAAACUCUUCUCUAAAGAAGUCUGCCUGACCAUUUUCCGGCGAUUUAUAGUUAUAUUUCCUUUUUGACUCAUUCUCUAAUGCACAGGGACUCCCUUACAAUCCCAUUCUCAUUUUUCUGUAUCAUUUAUUUCUUUUAGAUGUUCCUCACGUUGCGUCAAAAUGGGAUCGACCUGAAUGGGAGACGGUUGAAGAGCGGGAGCCUUUACCAGAGUGAGUAAUAUGCACACGAGGGAUGAGGUUCCAAAUCAUAUUCUUUUCAUAGAAGAGGUCUUAUGUAUUUUGGCGCAAAAAAAGCCAGCCUCGCUUUCAAAUUGAUAAGAUUUAAUUAAGGACUUUCAUGAUACGUUCGUUUAGACCCGCCAUCAAAGACGAUUCUCCGAAAAGACCCGAGGAGCCUUCAGCUGCCUCCGCAGAGACCCCUCGAGUAGCGGAAAUUGACGAAAGCAGACGGAAAAAGCUUCGGGAAAUCGAACUCAAAGUUGCAACGUAUGCCCAGAAACUGGAAGCAAAAGGAGCGAGCGACAUUGCUCAACAGUGUGAUGUGUUCAGGGCCAAGUUACUGGAAGUGAGUGAUGCCCUCAUAUAGCAAACAACUCUACCCACUUCAUUACAUUUUUUUCUCUCUUCUUGGCAAUUUUAGCUUUCAACCUCAGUCUCUUACUACUUCUAUUUAUUAGGCUAUUGAACCAAAAGAAGUAAAAGAUAAGAAGAAGAAAGGAAGCAGCCACACAAAUUCACCAUCCGACUCUCGCCGGAAGAAGUCUCGGAGUCGAUCUAAGUCCCCUUCUGCCAAAAAGCGAACUCGGCGGUCCCAGUCCUCUGAGAGUCGUUCGACCUCGAGAUCUCCCGAGAGGAGCGGAUCGCCCUUGACUACUUCCCUACAGGUUCUGAUACUUUGGCGUGAAGAUUCUUGAAAAAAAUUUUCAGUGGAUUUUGAAACGAUCAACAUUAACCCGCCAGCCUUGUUUAUUAAACAUCCGCCUAAUAAUUUCUUUUUUUCUGUUCUUAGUCUUUGAAGCAUUACGAGUCACGCACACCUUCGCCUUCGAAUUCCAAACGGUCAAGAUCGCGAUCCCGCAGCCGGAGCUCAUCCCGCGGGCGAGCAAGGUCCCGAUCCCGAAGUCGCUCUCCCGGCAGCAAGCAGAGGCGUAAACGUUCCAGGUCACGAAGUGGCUCACCUUCUAAGAGAAAUUCGUCCCGAAAGAAGCGAUCGAGAUCCCGCUCAAGAUCACCUUCCAGAAAAAAGAGCAAAAAGAAGAAGAAAUGAAUCCAAAAGAGGAGAAAGAAAAACGAAGCGGCUUUUUUUACCCUAUACUGUACUCUAUUGAAAGAUAACUCUAUUGUGACGCGUGACAAGUUGAAGCCUGUAUGGGUAGCGCACAAGGGGAAGGAAGGGUAAAGUUAUUUCACGCAUGAAGUGCGAUCUUUGCCAUCUCUCAUGGACAAAGUGUGUUCUUUAAGUAAUUUUCCUUCUUUCUCUUCAUUUUUACGAUGACCAUGCGAGGCACGCUCGUCGUCAACAGUUUACCUGUCCGAGAAACACCCGAUAAACACGGCGGGGAAGGACGCCAUGUCACUAAAGUGACCACUUUUUGUUCUUUUCUGCAAAUUGUUUUUCAACUCGGAACGACUUGAUUUAUGCACGGAACUUGUUUCAAGGAUUUACUUGCAGUCUUCCAAAUAAAAUUAUUGUUGUAAAAGAAAGUGCGUUUGAUUUUUUCCCCAGUGACAGUAUUGUCACACAGAUCGGGCUGUUUUCUUCCAGAGGAGCGGGCCGAAGUGGUAUACAGAUACAACCCGGUUUAGCAUCACAAUGUGAACAGAUGGUUCUCUUUAUUUUUCGGGCUCAGAGAAUAGACUAUAGAUGCAGACUUGAUGAUUUCUAGAGAACUAUCACUGUUAACAGAGACAGCACUAAAUUGUUUCUAAUUUCCCACGGGUCAGUCUCAACAACUGGCAACGUUUUUCA